AUGAAAGAUAACAUGGUAAAAAACCGAAGGACAAGUCGCCAAGUGCAAAAAUGGAAAACUGAAGGACGCCUUGGAACUUUUUCAUACCCAAACCUGACAUUUACUUACCGUUUAGCCAGUAGGCGUCAGUCAUCUGACCAUCGGCACGGUAACUCGUACUGGGCAGUUUGGCCAUGUUAUUUUGACGAGCUGAUGAGUUGA